AUGGCUGAAAUUCAAGGAGGGAAUAGUGGCAGUUUUGUAAUGAGGGACUACAGGAAAGGGAACUGGACAGUGGGGGAGACAAUGGUUCUGAUUGAGGCAAAGAAGAUGGAUGAGGAGAGGAGAAUAAUGAAGAGAAGUGGUAGUGGCAGUGCUGAUCAUGGGGAUCAGACCCCCAGAUCAAUAAGCAAACCAGCUGAGCUGAGAUGGAAAUGGGUGGAAGACUAUUGCUGGAAGAAAGGCUGCUUGAGAAGCCAAAACCAAUGCAAUGACAAGUGGGAUAACCUCAUGAGAGACUACAAGAAAGUGAGGGAGUAUGAGAGGAGAUGUGUAGUGGGGGGUGAGAAUAAGGAGUUGCCAUCUUACUGGAAGCUUGAGAAGAGUGAGAGGAAGGAGAGGAACUUGCCUACCAAUAUGGUGCCUCAGAUUUAUGAGGCUUUGGUUGAGGUGGUGGAGAAGAGAGAGAUGGGUAGAAUUGUGGUGGGUGCUGGUGGUGGUGCUUCUGUUUCUGGGUCCAUUAGUUCCAACCCCAACAUUGGAUAUGUGGUGGAGAGACCCAUGGUUAGUGGUGUUCAUCAGUCUACAGUGUUCUCUCCUCCUCCUAAUGUGAUGCAACAGCACCUGAUCCAAGCUCAACCAAUUCCAGCAGUGCAUCGUUUACCAGCACCAGAGGCAGCUCAACCACCUCCUCCUCUUCCAUUUUCUCAACCUAUUCCCCCAGUAGAUACUGAUACAAGUGAGCAUUCUGACUCACCAGCCAAAAGGAGGAGAGGAGGGAGAGCAAGUGGUGGUGGUGGUGGAGGUGGAGAUCAGCAGCAAGGGAUCAGUACCAGUGGGACUGUGAGCGCAAGCACCUCAAGUGAAGUGGGCACUGCUAUUUCCAGAGGAGCUUCCAUAAUUGCAGAAGCUCUUCAGGGCUGUGAGGAGAGAGAAGAGAGGAGGCACAGGGAGAUUUUGAGCAUGCAUGAGAGGAUGAUUCAGAUUGAGGAGACUAAAACUGAGAUCAACAGGCAAGGCAUUAGUGGCCUUGUUGAUGCCAUUAACAAGCUUGCUAAUUCCAUCCAGGCCUUGGCUUCCAACAACCAAACCCAAUCUUCAGCUCCAAAGUGA